GUUCCGAUCAACUUUCGAAAUCGCAAUCUACAUGAUCUUAUCCUGCUUUGUUCCCAGCACCUUCGGGCUCGUUUUGCAUUCGAGUGUUGUACCAUCAAUUGAAUCAACAAAACUCCUUCGAGACAGCGUAUCACAAAAAGCCCAAGUCUGUGACAGCGAAGACUAGGCAGACGAGAAACCUGUAGACUUAGAUCAUGGCCGCACCUGAAUUCCCAUGGUCGAAGCACGGCACACGAACAUCUCGCAAGUUGGCUGAGAGAAACGUAGACGACGUCCCGAUGGAUUUCGGGUUUCUGAAUACAGCAUUUGCACAGCCAAGCGAAGGUUAUGCAAGAUUCUCUCUUUUCCCAAGGCUGCCUCUUGAGUUACGAAGGCGUAUAUGGAAAUUUAGUUUACCGACACAACGACUUCUUAAAAUUACAUUAACGGCAGCGGGGUCGACCGGCGACCCUGCAUCGCCAUUCGAAAACAGCGUUAUGGACAGUCCAGUCCAUGCAACAUAUCAGAACGAGAAUCAUCUAGGAAACAUCGUUAGCGGUGCCGGCUACUAUGUGCGCCUGGAUUCAACAAAGACAGUCUCACCUCUGCUCUAUGUCAGUCAUGAGGCGAGUGCCGUCGUGCGCCGUAUCUAUCGUGUGCAAGUCCCCACAGUGCAAUGCAUAGGACAUACCAGAUCGCCGUUCUUGCAAUUCUGUCCAAAGAGAGAUACGAUUCUAGUUGCAAUCGAGCGCAAAGAAGAUGAGGCCUACUUUGCCGACUUCGUCCAUGAUGCGCAAGCAUAUGAUCCCAAGAGGGAGGGUGUCCUUCACUUGGCGAUAAUGGACAAGGGAAGUUCUCUCCAUCUACCCAUGGAGACUACAGACAUAGAUAGUCGGGCGCAACCUGCCAUGUACACUACUCUCACGAACCUGAGAACCGUCACUCUCAUCCACCUGCUCUACGCCAAGUCGCGCCAAAUGUUCUCCAACAUACUGUCAGACGUUCUUGCGAAUAAGGUAUCUCAAUCGGAGAAAGUUCGUUUCAAUCGAGCGUACCCAUUAUGGUCAAGCAAUGCCUCCUAUUGUGUCCUUCCCUCCGAUCCUCGUUGCAUAUAUCGCCAUCUUGAGUUAGUCGACUGUUCAUGGGACCCUCGCAGACUUAUCGACGCCUGGCGCAGGCUUGAAGCAGCUUCUGGUGUCUUCCCAAUUCCAGAAAACAAGAUGCGUGUCCUCAUCGCGACAAGUGACCGUGAUGGAGACCUUGCGAUAGCAUCCACCACGCAAGCGCGUCGCUUCAGACAGCAAGAGGAGGAGUCCUGGGUCAGUCAUUGGGAACUAGAGGGUACAUAUAAGGCAUGGUACCCCGAGAUGUCUAAUCCAGACAGUGAAGAAGAUCUGGAGUUCUCAAAGAGCCAAAACGCCAUAGGCUUCUGGUCGAUACCGCUCGAAGCGUUCGGUCCCGUGCCUGAAAUGCCAGAUAAUAAGCAGCAUCGAUGGGAAAUGACGCGACUGUGCAACUUGUCUGCCUUCCAGUCGCAGAUUCAGCUUGGUUUGUUCGAUGUGGUAGAGUAAAAUUGGAUCAGGGACCAGCUGUUGACAAACAGGAGCUCCAGCUUGGUGAGUGAUCUUUCCUUUUCAACGCUAAGCUUUUUUUUACAACCACUUCGGCAAUGAACAUAUAUUGGACCUGCAGUACCGGUGGUGAUUCGCUGUUGAAUACCUAUGAAAGAUGGGAUUCGGCCGAUGCAUUUUGCCCUCGCGGAGGCGCUGGGGAGGUAGUCUUGUUUUUGUGUGGACGUGGAGGUCGGAUCGCCACUCGUCAAAGCGGUCGACGAAUGCUUGAACGAGUUUGGAAGAACUCACAUUCACUAAGUCUUCCUUGCGUAACCACGAUGCCGACCUACUCAUGUGUCUCGUAUACAAUCAUUGUUGUAGUCUUCUGUCUUCAGUGCAUUCUUCCCAGC